AUGGAGUCGAAACGCGUGCUGUCUGUACAGAGCCAUGUUGUCCAUGGAUACGUAGGAAACAAAAGCGCGGUCUUUCCUUUACAAGUUUUCCUCUUUUCAAUUUAUUACCCUUCAGAGUAUGCGCACUGUACUGGACAAGUUUUGUCCCUUAAACAUUUGGAAUCCAUAUAUGAUUCGCUGAAACAGAACAGGUCCGCCAAUUAUGAUGCUCUACUUACGGGAUAUGUUGGCGAUCCGGAUUUUCUCAUACAACUGGCUAAAAUUGCUAUGGAAACCAAGUCGGCCAAUCCACAUUGCAGAUUCUAUUGUGAUCCUGUUAUUGGUGACAAUGGUCAUAUCUAUGUACCAGAAGAAUUAAUUCCCAUAUAUAGGGAGAAAAUUUUGCCAAUUUCUGAUGUUUUGCUGCCGAAUCAGUUCGAGGCUGAGCUUCUAACUGGAUGCAAAAUUACCGAUGAAGACUCUACAUUCCACUGCAUUGACCUACUUCAUUCGACUUAUGGUAUUCCCACUGUCAUUUUUAGCAGCACUGAUCUACUCUUUGAAGACAAACAGGGUUUCAGGCAGCUUGCCACUUACAUUAGCUACCGUCCAGAUCUUGCUGAGUUGAGAAAAUGUGGCAGAUUCAGCGGAGAUUUGGGUCAAAAAGGGAGGGCACUCUCAGUGCUUGCUCAACGUGUUCGUGCUCUAUUCCCCAAAUUAGAAGUCCCCUUCUUUGGCACUGGUGACUUGUUUAGCAGCUUGACGUUGAUAUACUUUGAAAAGCACGAUGGCAACCUUGACAUGAUGAAAGCACUCUACAAGAUUCAGUGUACAAUGCACGCUGUUCUCAAACGAACAGUGGAAUAUGCUGAAAAUCUCAGCUCUGAUCCCACCAAUAUGAUGCAAAAGUCUGAUCGGUACGAGUUGAGGCUCAUUCAAAGCGCAAAGGAUAUCCUCGACCCCCCGGAUUUCGCCUCCGUUCAAGUGACUUCACUUUAG